AUGUCUAGUUCGACGGCCGUGUUAGGCGCCUGGCGAGAUCGUACCAAUCUCUUCAUAUCAUAUCGACAGUCGUACACACACCAUCCAGCAAAACGAACACGAUUCGCCGGACCCAGCCAUGGCCGCUUUGCAGACAAUCCGGACGAGGAGAGGGCUGGACUCAUGUCCAACGUAGAAAGCGACGGAGAUGCAGUUAUUGAAAUGGAUGUAUUGCCGCCGAGAUGGCUAGACAUUCAAGACGAGGUGUCCCAGACGCUUGUAGACAUUGCUGGAAAGAUGAAGAGAUUGGACCAGAUGCAUGCGAAACACGUCCUGCCCGGCUUCGAUGACGAGAGCGUGAAGGCGAAGGAGGAAAGAGAGAUUGAGGGCUUGACACAGGACAUCACCAAAGAUUUCGUGACUUGCCAAAAGUCUAUUCGCCGGAUCGAUCGAAUGGUACAAGAGCAACAACAGCAAUCAGGAGGGGUAAUCUCAAGCGCAGACGCGACAAUGGCCAAAAAUCUAAAGAUGUCUCUGGCAAGCCGUGUGGGCGAGGUCAGCACUUUGUUCCGCAAGAAGCAGUCCACGUACCUCAAAAAGAUGCGCUCGCUCGGCGGGAUGAGCUCUCCUUUGGACAGGUCGAGCACUCCAUUGGCGCAGAAUCCGUACACGGAUCCUGCGAUGAUGGAGUCCGAGUAUGAUCGAUCUGCUGCUCAAUCAACGCUCCUCCAAACAGCUCAAGUACGACGAAGAGGCAUGAUGGACUCGCAGAUUGAUCAAAGAGAAAGAGAGAUAGAAAAGAUUGCGCAAGGAGUCAUCGACUUGUCAAACAUAUUCCAGGAGAUUCAGACCAUGGUAAUCGACCAAGGCACCAUUCUUGAUCGAAUCGACUACAAUGUGGAGCGAACAGCAGAGCAUGUCAAGGAAGCCGAUAAGGAGCUCAAGGUCGCUACUGGAUACCAGAAGCGCAGCACGAAGCGCAAGAUCAUUCUACUACUGGUACUCAUCGUGGUCGGCAUGUUUAUAUUACUGCUUGUGAAGCCGAGACGAAGUGGUGAACCGGUUGAACCUAAUCCAGCACGGCCAGAAGCUCCCAUUCCUAAUGAUCCUGGAGCGCAACUACCGCCGAAAGUGAGAAGGUUGAUAGAUGACGGAAAGCCAGUGCUUUCGCAAGAGUUGGACGACAGACAACUGGAGUGGAAGAAGCGUCGGCGGCGAAAACAUUGAGAGUGCAUACAUUUUAGGCUCUUAUAGAUACUCAUUGCGAUACAACUGCUUCCAUUUUC